GGGAUUUAAUGACAGUUUGUUAAAAUUUAAGGAAAACGUGUUUAACUUUUACAACAGUUUCAUUUUUAAUUUUAAUGUGAAUUUAAAUAAUUAACUAAUUUAACUAAAAUUAAAUUGUAUUAUAUCGGUUUUACUUAACUUUGUUUAAUAACUAAUUUAAUAUUUUAUUUAAUAAAGAAAAAUAAAUAGUACAAAUUACAAAUUGAUUAGAUUUUCGUUUUUUUAAUUAUGCGUCUAGUUUUAAAUUUAGUGUUAGUUGUGUCAUAUUUUGCAGUCCUAAUGAAAUCUAAGCUAGUAUGUAUUAAUGACUCAUUUAUGUGUGACAAUUCAUGUAAACCCAAUUUUUGGCUAUGUGAUGGAGUGAAGGACUGUGCAGAUGGACGAGAUGAGUCUGACUGCAAUCCUCCUCAGUGCAAUGAACAUGAAUUUUCUUGUAAUACGGGCAAAAAAACUUGCCUUCGAAACAUUCUUAUGUGUAAUGGACAGAUAGACUGUCCUGAUGGGUCUGAUGAAGAUUAUUGUGAAAAGACCAGCACCAAUGAAUGUUAUGGCGACAACAACGGCAAAAGUGAUGGUAACAUAUUCAAAUGUGCCAGCAACAGCAAGAAAUGCAUACCAAUAAAGUGGAGAUGCGACCAUCAUAAUGAUUGCAGUGAUGGCUCCGAUGAGUUGAAUUGCUCCCUUAGUCUCCAGCAGGCCCUAAGUGGUCAAGGGGUGCUAAGAAUCCCUGGGAAGUAUGCAAUAGCGGAGGGAUGUUGCAGAAAAAUUCAGAAUGGCCUCUCUAUGGUACUUAGACUUGGAACGCUCAAUCCACUACCAAAAUCUGAAACAAUCCUUAUUGGAGGCGAUCUCAAUGGCCACGUUGGAGAGAAAACAGAUGGUUUAGACAACGUGCAUGGCGGUUUUGGCUAUGGAGAACGGAAUGAAGAUGGCAACCGCAUGCUUGAGUUUGCUGAAAGUCACGGGUUUUGUUUACUGAACACAUAUUUUAGAAAAAGGUUGGAACAUUUCAUAACAUACAAAAGUGGACCAUCAGCCACGCAAAUUGAUUUCUUCGCUGUCAAGCAACAGCACCGAAAGCUAUUCAAAAAUGUGAAAGUUAUACCUGGCGAAUUAUCUUACACUGGUAAGUGUGAAGGAAAGAACAUGUGGACAUGUGCUGAUGGCAAGUGCAUCAUCAAAUCGAAACGAUGCGAUGGACGGAUGGAUUGUUUUGACAAAUCAGACGAAUUAAACUGCCCGGCACCAUUGUCAUCGCUACCAUCGUCACCGUCGUCCUCCUCACACCAACGUUGUUUCGGAGAUGAGGGUACAUCAUUUGUUUGUACUCUGAGUGGGGAGUGUCUCAGGAAGGAAUGGGUUUGUGAUGGGGCCGCUGAUUGUUUGGAUGCCUCAGAUGAAGAUAACUGCCCCACGGUUUCCUGCAACGGCACAUUGAUGGGGGUUUUGCAGCACUUGUGUGCCAAUAAACUUCACUGCAUCGACCCAAGACAGGUGUGUGAUGGUAUUAAACAGUGUAGGGAUGGCUCGGAUGAAAGGGACUGCAAACAAGAAUGUUCAAUUGACGAAUUCUCGUGUUCUAGUUUAGCCAAGUUGAAAAGUUUGAAAGCCAAAAUUCAUGAAAGUAAUGAUAAUAUUAAGGAUAAUAUUCCUAAAAAAGAUGAUGGUUCUGAUAAAGAUGUGAGUGGGAAUGAUGAAAGGACGGAGUUGAUAAGGAAAGAUAGUUGCCUCCCUCUUUCAAAGAUGUGUGAUGCUGUCAAGGAUUGUGCUAAUGGUGAGGAUGAAGAUGAGGCAAUUUGCUCCAGCGAUCAAAGUGAAGUGUGUGUGCAAAGAAAUGGUGGAUGUUCCGAUGAAUGCCAAUCCAACAAAUUCUUCCAUAGAUGUCUAUGCCCUUCUGGAUAUAAACUUUCCGACGAUUUCAAAACUUGCCAAGAUAUUGAUGAAUGUGCCUCGUCUUCCAGUAACACCUGUGCGCACCUAUGUGCCAACACACCUGGAUCUUACACCUGCUCUUGCCAUCCUGGUUACAUCUUGGAUAACGUGGAUAAUGCUACGUGCAUUCAGAUUGGUGUAGAGGCGGUGAUGUUGUUUUCAACUCAAGAUGAUAUCAGAAGAUUUUCAUUGCAUUCAGGAAAGUAUGAACCUAUUGUAAUGGAUGCCAUUAACAAUCUGGCCUUUGAUUUCAAUAUACACGACAAGACCUUGUACUUUGUAAAUCCUUCAUUGGCUGGCAGGAAAGAUGAACUGACCAGACUGCGAGCUACUCCAUCGACGUCGUCAUCAACGAAUGUCGCCACUGCAGAGAUACCCCAACCAUCAUCUCCGCCUCAUCAACAGGCAUCUCCAUCAUCGUCGUCGUCAACAGAUACCGUCAUGAAAGACUCUCCACUGCCAGGGAUAAAGUUACCUAAAUCAACAAUUCAAUGGUCUGAGGCCAAUGCAUACUUCCAUUCUCAAAGAUCAGCUCUAGCAAACAUCGCCGACAUUGAUAACUUUACUACCAGUUUUCAGACAUUAAUAUACAACUACUUUUUAUCAACUUACGUCACAAUUAAAUAA